AUGGAAGAUAAACAAGAAAAUAAUUGCAAAAAUGAGGCAGAUGAAGAGAAAGAAAGAAAGGAACCAAAAACAAUUCUGGGGAUUUUUACAAGAAAGCAGUUCACUUUGUUAUGUGUUGGUAUUGGUCUGAUUUUACUUCUCAUCAUUACGAUAACAUCAGUAUUUCUGAUCAUGGAUGAUUUAAGAUCAGAUUCCUCAGUCAACAUAGAGUCUUUCCCAACUGGUGGAGAUAUGCUCGACUUUCUUCUCCAAACUGGAGAGAUUCAGGAAAAAGAUGGCCUUUAUGCAACUUGGUAUCAUGCUGCCAACAGUAAAUCUGAGAUGAUCAAGGCCCUGAACAGUGACGUAAUGAUCCUGGAAGCUGAUGUAAAUGUACAAGGUCAUAACACAGCUAAUGAGACCAACAUUCCCAUCAUGGCCCAUCCACCAGACAUAUACAGUGAUAACACUCUGGACGAGUGGCUGGAUGCUGUACUCACAUCAAAGAAAGGGAUAAAGCUGGAUUUUAAAAGUAUUGAUGCAGUGGAGCCGUCGUUAGAUCUACUAAGAGUUAAAAAUCAAACGGGGAUCAGCCGCCCAGUGUGGAUAAAUGCAGAUAUUCUUCCUGGACCUAAUGUCCCUGACUUCUGGCCAGCAGUCAAUGCCUCGGCGUUUUUCGGGCUAAUUCAGAGUAAAUUUCCUGAUAUCACCAUCUCUCCAGGAUGGAAGGUUCUGUACCUUUCCAUCUUCCCCAAUGUGACAUACACUCGCAGCAUGGUAGAACAGAUGUACUCAACAAUAAGACACCUUCCUCAGAAGAUCACCUUCCCUGUCCAUGCUUUGAUGGCCAAGAAUGGGUGGCCACAUCUGAGCUGGCUACUCAGUCAUUCUUCAAGGUUCAGCUUAACACUGUGGCAAGGGAAGGAGAAUCCCACCUUGAAUGAUCUUCUUUUCAUCAGAGACAACAGCAACCCUCAGCGCAUCUAUUACGACAUUUACGAGCCUGUGCUCUCGCAGUUCAAAGAAGCUGCAAAGCAGAGAAACAGACCCAGAAGAUUCUAUCCAGGUGGAGACAUAGUUGACUAUUUCAGGCCUGUGAACAGUGAUGGUCUCAACAUCCAGUGGGAGAGAGUGACUGACAAAGAAUCUUUGUUAUCUUUACUCAAAGGCAGCCCUGGAGGAAUGCUGGUGAUCCCAGUCAUAUCUGGGAAGGGUCAAACAAAUAUUCCUGUCGUUCAGGGUUCCCAACCUGCGCUGCCUCUUCAGGACUGCCUGGAGCUUAUUCUUGCCUCAAAGUGGCCGUGGGGACUCUACUUAAAGAUUAAGUCUCAGAGUCAGCUCAACCCCUCACUGGAGCUCCUCCGACAGUUCUAUGACAGGGACCUGCUGCACCACCCUACCUGGGUUAACAUGGAUGUAGCCCAUGGAGCUUUCCAUAUCCAAGGCUAUAUGACAGGAGAGGAGUUCUUGAGAACCAUUAAUCAAAUCUAUCCAUAUGUGACUCUGGCUCCAGGUUGGCCAAAAGAAGCUCUUGAUGAAGGCUACACACCAGAGCUAGUCAAGGACAUGGUGCAGCUCUUCCAGGGGGCCUGGCAGGAUGUUUCACUGCAGCUACAAGCUGAAGCCCUAGACAGGUCUAUGGUUGGAUGUAGGAGUCUUAUCCACACCCAAACACGCUUCACACUAACUGUGGAGCACUGGGUAGAGGAGAGAGGCCUCAAUACCGGUACUGCGUACUUAAUGUCUAUCCGAGCAGGGAACAAACAGCGGAGCUUCUACAACAUGCCUAAUAAGUAUAGACAGUUUAUAGCAAAGCUGUCUGAUUAAAGA